GAAGAGGAAGAAUGGAGAAGCCAUCCAAAGCCAAAUACCGGAGUCGAGGUAGCUUUCAGCCUGAGGAGACCAGAUACUGUCUUUAUGAGCCGCAACAUCCUAUCUGGGGACGGAAGUAACUCAGCCUUGUCUACUAGUCCACAGAGCCGUUGAUCAAGUUCCCAGGAACACCAGAUUCUGCCUUCCUAGGGAGCCCUGUGGGACCAUAAAUGCUGAUUCAGGGUCUGUAAGAGGCCAAACUUGGUUCACCACUAGAAAGGGGAUGUUUGGGCUGAAGCUGAAGAAGAAGAAGAAGGCAGAGAAAGGGUUAAUCCUAGCCAACAAGGCCGCGCAAGAUGGUCAAGGUGAAGCUGAAGCACCACAGGAGGGACCUUCUCACCAGGAGAGACCAAGAGAAGAUCUGGUUUAUGAUAAUGCUUCCACUGCUCCUGUCUCCUCAGCUCCUCCAAAACGAAGAUCAAAACUAUUGACUAAGAUCCAUGAUGGGGAGGUCAGAUCUCAAAAUUAUCAAAUUGCCAUAACCAUCACUGAGGCCCGGCAGCUGGUGGGUGAGAACAUCGACCCCGUUGUGACCAUUGAGAUCGGAGAUGAGAAGAAGCAAAGCACAGUGAAGGAAGGAACCAACAGCCCCUUUUACAAUGAAUACUUUGUCUUUGACUUCAUUGGGCCCCAAGUGCAUCUUUUUGACAAGAUCAUCAAAAUCUCAGUCUUUCACCACAAGCUGAUAGGAAGUGUUCUAAUUGGCUCUUUCAAAGUGGAUCUGGGGACUGUGUACAAUCAACCUGGCCAUCAGUUCUGCGACAAGUGGGCCCUUCUCACAGACCCUGGCGACAUCAGGACCGGCACCAAGGGCUACCUGAAGUGUGAUAUCAGUGUGACCGGGAAAGGAGACAUCUUAAAGGCCACCCCUAAAACCUCCGACACUGAGGAACAAAUAGAAAAGAACCUUCUGAUUCCCCAAGGGUUUCCAUCGGAGAGACCCUGGGCCAGAUUCUACGUGCGACUCUACAAAGCAGAAGGGUUGCCCAAAAUGAACUCGAGCAUCAUGGCAAACGUCACGAAAGCCUUUGUGGGUGACAGCAAGGACCUCGUGGAUCCCUACGUGGAGGUGUCCUUUGCUGGCCAGAUGGGGCGGACCACGGUGCAAAAGAACUGUGCUGACCCCGUCUGGCAUGAGCAGGUGAUCUUCAAGGAAAUGUUCCCUCCUUUGUGCCGAAGGGUGAAAAUCCAGGUGUGGGAUGAAGGGAGCGUGAAUGACGUAGCCCUGGCAACCCAUUUCAUCGACCUGAAGACAAUUUCCAAUGAACAGGAUGGAGAUAAAGGCUUCCUGCCAACCUUUGGACCGGCCUGGAUUAACCUGUAUGGUGCACCCAGAAACCACAGUCUGAUGGAUGACUACCAGGAACUGAAUGAAGGCUUUGGGGAAGGUGUGUCAUUCAGGGGCAGAAUCUUGCUAGAAAUUGCUGUGGAAAUCCUCUCAGGAGGGGCACAGGAGUCUAAAUUUUCCAAGGCCCUGAAGGAGCUCAAGUUACCUUCCAAGGACAAAGACUCCAAGUCUUCCAAGGGCUCAAGUAAAGACAAGGCUGACAAAACCGAUGAUGGAAAAUCCCAGCAGGCGUCAGACAAAACUAACUCCACUGAGGUGGAGGUGGAACCCUUCGACGUGCCCCCAGAGAUUGUACCAGAAAAACAUGAGGAGUUUUUACUCUUUGGAGCAUUUUUUGAAGCUACCAUGAUUGACAGGAAAAUUGGAGAUAAGCCCAUCAGCUUUGAGGUUUCUAUUGGUAAUUUUGGAAACCUGAUUGAUGGAGGGUCCCAUCAUGGGAGUAAGAAGAAGUCAGCUGAAUCAUCUGAGGAAGACCUGCCCCUGCUGCAUGAAGGACAAGAGGAUGCCGCCCACCCUAUGGCCUCCACUACUCACCCAGAGAAGCCGCUGGUGACAGAGGGGAACAGGAAUUACAACUAUUUGCCACUUGAGGCGAAGAAGCCUUGUGUCUAUUUCGUCAGUUCUUGGGGAGACCAGACCUUCCGGCUGCACUGGUCCAACGUGCUGGAGAAAAUGGCAGACCUCCUGGAAGAAAGUAUAGAAGAAGUGAAAGAAUUGAUCAAGGUUUCAGAGGAGGCGCCAGAAGAGAAGAUGAAGGCGCUGCUGCGUGACUUCAUCAGUCAGAGCAGCGCCUUUAUCUCUGAAGCAGAAAAGAAGCCCAAGAUGUUGAAUCAAACUGUUUUAGAUAAGAAGAGACUCACACUCUGCUGGCAGGAGUUGGAGGCCAUGUCCAAGGAGGCCAAAGGGAUCCUUCAGCAGCAGAAGAAAAAGCUAUCUCUUGAUGAAAUGAUCAGUGAAGCCCAAAACUUUGUGGAAAAAAUCCGCUUUCUUGUGGAUGAGCCCCAGCACACCAUUCCCGACGUCUUCAUCUGGAUGCUCAGUAACAACAAGAGAGUGGCCUACGCCCGCAUCCCCGCCAAAGACCUGCUCUACUCCCCCAUCACGGAGCAGAUGGGCAAACACUGUGGCAAGAUCAAAACUCACUUCCUCAAACUUCCUGGGAAACGGCCAGCUGGUUGGUCAGUGCAAGCAAAAGUAGACGUGUACCUGUGGCUGGGCUCCACCAAACACUCCAGUACCAUCCUGGACAACCUGCCUGCAGGCUACGAAGCAGAAAUGCCUUCCAAAGUGGCUGAUGCUAAUCACCCCCCAGCCAACCUGCUCUACCAAGCCCAGCACAUCUUUCAGCUGAGAGCUCACAUGUACCAAGCCCGGGGCCUCAUCGCAGCUGACAGCAAUGGACUUUCCGACCCCUUUGCCAAAGUCACAUUCCUUUCUCACUGCCAGACCACAAAGGUCAUUUCCCAGACCCUGUCUCCAACCUGGAACCAGAUGCUGCUGUUCAACAACUUGGUGCUACACGGGGAGGAGAGGGAGCUGGCCGCGUCCCCGCCCGUGGUGGUGGUGGAGCUGUACGACAGCGACGCGGUGGGGAAGCCAGAAUAUUUGGGUGCCACGGUGGCCACUCCCGUGGUGAAGCUAGCUGACCAGGACUAUGAGCCACCCAGUCUGUGCUACCACCCUGUCUUUUGUGGGAACCUCUCUGGAGGGGACCUCCUGGCUGUGUUUGAACUGCUGCAGGUCCCUUCAUCUGGGGUGCAAGGACUGCCCGCCGUCGACCCACCAGACGUCGCCCAGAUCUACCCAGUUCCUGCCAAAAUCCGGCCAGUGCUGAGUAAAUACCGAGUGGAGGUUCUCUUCUGGGGAGUUCGAGAGAUGAAGAAGGUGCAGCUUCUCUCAGUGGACCGGCCGCAGGUGCUCAUCGAGUGCGGGGGACGAGGAGUGAAGUCCUGUGUGAUCCAGAGCUACAAGAACAACCCCAACUUCAACAUCCAGGCGGACGCCUUUGAAGUGGAGCUGCCUGAGAACGAGCUCCUGCACCCUCCCCUCAGCAUCUGUGUGGUGGACUGGAGAGCUUUUGGGAGGAGCACCCUGGUGGGCACCUACACCAUCAACUGCUUGAAGCAGUUUCUGUGUAAAUCCAGAGAGCCCCUUGCCCUCAUCUCCCAGGUGGACGGAACCCAACUUGGGCAAGAUUUGCCAAGAGCCACUGAGUCCUCUGAGCCCCUCAGCUCCUCCCAGGCCCCCCCGACGGACCAUAUCUAUGUGAAUGUUGAGCCGCCUCCCACAGUGGUAGCUGACUCUGCCCAGGGUCAGCCAGCCAGCCUGGUUGAUAUUCCUGACUCAUCUCCUAUGCUGGAGCCGGAACACAAGCCUGCAGCCCCAGAGCCAGCGAAAGAUGGAAAAGUUAAGGAUGCCAGGAAACCUUCCCGGAGGUCCACUAAACGGAGAAAGAGGACCAUAGCGGAUGAAUCUGCUGAAAAUGUCAUUGACUGGUGGUCUAAGUAUUAUGCCUCCCUGACGAAGGCACAGAAGGCAAAGGAGAGCAAUCCCAAGGAGAGAAAAGGCAAUACAGAGGCCAAAUCAGACGAGGUAGUGGUGGAUAUAGAAGACAGCCCCAAGAAGAAGAAAGACAAAAUACUCAAGAAGAAAGUCAAAGACGACCCGAUCCCCAACCUGGCUGUCUUGCAGAUAUAUGACGGUGAUCUUGAAAGUGAAUUCAACAAUUUUGAAGACUGGGUGAAAACCUUUGAGCUCUUCCGAGGCAAAUCUAUGGAAGAUGACCACGGUCUUGAUGGAGACCGAGUCAUAGGAAAAUUUAAGGGCUCCUUCUGCAUCUACAAAAGCCCCGAGGAUUGUAGCUCUGAGGACAGCGGGCAGCUGAGAAUACAGCAAGGGAUUCCACCCAACCACCCGGUCCAAGUCCUGAUCCGGGUGUACAUUGUUGCGGCAUUUAAUCUUAGCCCAGCUGAUCCAGAUGGCAAAUCAGAUCCUUACAUUGUGGUCAGGAUUGGCAAAACAGAAAUCAAAGACCGGGACAAUUACAUCCCCAAGCAACUGAACCCGGUAUUUGGAAGGUCAUUUGAGAUCCAGGCCACAUUCCCAAAGGAGUCAGUGCUGACUGUCCUGAUCUAUGACCAUGAUAUGAUUGGGACGGACGACCUCAUUGGUGAGACCAAGAUUGACCUGGAGAACCGCUUCUAUAGCAAACACCGAGCCAUCUGCGGCUUGCAGAGUCAGUAUGAAAUAGAAGGGUACAAUGCGUGGAGAGACACGUCCAAGCCCACUGAAAUCCUCACCAAGCUCUGCAAAGACAACAAGCUGGACGGACCCUACUUUCGGGUUGGGAAAAUACAAAUAGGACAUCAGGUCUUUUCUGGAAAAACUGUCUUCACGGAAGAGGAUACUGAUGAGUCUGUGGAGUCCCACGAGCACUUGGCCCUCAAGGUGUUACACUCCUGGCAGGAUAUCCCCGGAGUCGGGUGCAGGCUGGUUCCUGAGCACAUAGAGACUCGGCCGCUGUACCACAAGGAUAAGCCAGGAAUGGAGCAGGGCCGCCUGCAGAUGUGGGUGGACAUGUUCCCCAAGGACAUGCCUCAACCUGGACCUCCCGUUGACAUUUCGCCAAGACGGCCCAAAGGGUAUGAAUUGAGGGUGACGAUCUGGAAUACUGAAGAUGUCAUUUUAGAAGAUGAGAAUAUCUUCACAGGGCAAAAAUCAAGCGAUAUUUAUGUUAAAGGGUGGAUAAAGGGUCUGGAGGAUGACAGGCAGGAGACGGACGUGCACUACAACUCCCUGACCGGGGAGGGCAACUUCAAUUGGCGCUUCCUGUUUCCGUUCCAGUACCUCCCGGCUGAGAAGCAAAUGGUCAUCACCAAGAGGGAGCACAUCUUUUCCUUAGAGAAGAUGGAGUGCAAGACUCCUGCCGUGCUGGUGCUCCAGGUUUGGGACUUUGAAAGGCUGUCCUCGGAUGACUUCCUGGGCUCCUUGGAAAUGAACCUCAAUAGUUUUCCUCGAGCAGCCAAGUCUGCCAAAGCCUGUGAUCUCACCAAGUUUGAAAACGCCAGCGAGGAGAGCAAGAUCUCUAUCUUCCAGCAAAAGCGUGUGCGUGGCUGGUGGCCUUUUGCUAAGAGCAAAGAACUCACAGGCAAAGUUGAAGCCGAGUUCCACCUGGUUACAGCAGAAGAAGCUGAGAAAAAUCCUGUUGGAAAAGCCCGGAAGGAGCCAGAGCCCCUGGCCAAGCCCAACCGCCCAGACACGUCCUUCUCCUGGUUUGUGAGCCCCUUCAAGUGCCUGUACUACCUCAUCUGGAGGAAUUACAAGAAGUACAUCAUCAUCGCUUUCAUUCUGAUCAUUCUCAUCAUCUUCCUGGUCCUUUUCAUCUACACCUUGCCAGGAGCCAUCAGCCGAAAGAUCGUGGUAGGCUCAUAGAGGACCGUGGGGGACCGGGACUCUCCCUCGACACUGGUCUCCUCUUCCUCACCAGAGAACAUCUGAGAACAUGUACCGUGCAAGGCACUAUGCUGAGUGUGUAGGUGACAGACUUGAGCUCCCAGAAACCAGUCCCAUGUCUGAGGACACACUGGUUCUUCUUGGAGGAGAUGGAAAAGAAACCUUCCUUCUCUAAGCUUACCCUCACCUCCAUCUUUUAACCAAAAGUCUUGGUUUGGGCCCUGGGCAGCAUGAAAUAAUGACUCUUUCAGUGCAGGGUAAUCAACAGUGACCUCAAAUUGAUAUAGAUGAAUGUUUUCUUUAUGUAAUUUGUUGUAUUCUGAGAUGUUUCCUUCUGGGUCUGAGAUUUUAUUAGAAGCACUUUAUUUUAAAUAAACUUUCAACAGCAAAUAGACUGAAAACAUUAUAGCAAAUCACUAGGUAUUUAAUCUGUUCCAUAUAUUUUAACCCUGUUUAAUCCUUACAGUUAAUAGAAUGUAUUUAUUUAUUCAGGCUGUGAAACCCAUUAGGGCAUUAGGGGAAAUAGUCACACAAAUCAUCUAGAAUACUUCAUUACUGAAAUUCCCAUCUACAGAAAAGAUGUUACUGGUUUGCUGUUCAAGUUAAUACUUGUAGGACAUGCUCAAUAGUAGCAAUGGGUGCUGGAGAAAUGAGUUUUGAUUUAUGCACCAUGGCAUUUUCCAAGUGGGAAUUUUACAGUCUAUUGUAAGAUAUACGCAAUAUAAUUGUGUGUAUGUGUGUAUGUGUGUGGGGGGGGUGGGGGGGGUGGCGGUUAGCAGGAGCUCCAUGCUACCCGUAGGAAUUCUUUUCUUGCCAGAUACACAGGCGUUUCCAUAGACCAUGAUAUGAAUGGCCAUUCCUGAUAUUAUUCAACACUUCAGCCGACCACCAUCUGUGGCAGGUUUCAUUAUCUAUCUCAAGCAUGAAUUAAUUCAAAACCAAUCUUAGGGACAAUAUCCUAUGCACUUGUCACCUAGGGUCAGUUUUUCUUGAAAGAAAACCUCUGAUCUGCCACUUUAUUAAGGCAGGGAAUUAAAGUGACGGGUAGGUUUUCUCAGAUGUAAGAAGAAAACAAAGGAACCGGAAUGUGUGGCCUCAAUUUCCAUGCAGAAUUUUGGUCUCAAACACAAAUAAAUAUGGCAGCCACUUCUUUCUAUCACAGGGCCCAUCUGGUGGUGUUGAGGGGCUGGGUGGUGCUCCCUUCCUGAACCCAAGGCUACUAUUUUGUAGCUUUUUGGUAGCUUUGCAUGGAUGUAACUCUUGGGAAGGGAAAGAUGUUUACUCCUAUAUAAGAAGUAAUUUUAGAUUCUUCCUGCUUCAGCAAAGAAAGACUGAAAAAUGUUCUGUGUGAUUUUAGACUUAAGCAUUGUGCCCUGAAUUCUGGCCCUCAGUGCUCACUCACUAAGUAACCAAAAUGCCCUAUUUUCCUGAAACAUUGAAAAAUAGGCACUUCGUCGGCAAUGUUUCUGAGUGGGAUUGGUUACAUAAACGAUAGUUCACUCUUCCUGUGCAACAACGCACAGCAUCAUUAAUGAUACAAUUGACAAUACUUGAUGUCAUGGAAUGCAUAUGAUACAUUGAGUACGUUGUAAGGGAAAAGACAUAUGAGUUGUGAAAAGAAAAUGUAUAUAUGUGCAUAGAUGAACAUGUCUAGAGGAAUAUGCCAAAAUGUUAAUAGCGAUUUAGUGAUUACCUCUCAGGAGUUGUAUCUUUUCUUUCCUUUCUUGUUUUCUAUGUCUCCGAUUUCUAAAAUACAUAGGCAUUAUUUUUAACGUAAGAAGCUUAAUCAAUAAACAUAAAUUUACCUGCGUUCAUUUAAAAAUAUUGAGAGUAUCUCCUAUGUGUUGUGGGGACAUAAACAUGACCCCUACUGCCGGGGAUUUUGCAUUCUAGCAGGUCUCCAAAAUAUUGUUUUAUAUUCAAAUUAUGAGUCUUCCAAGAAAGAUAGCUGAUGAGGACUGUGCUUCUUGGAAUAGUUUUAGGAAAAAAAGCACAACAUAUACCUCUUCUGUUGAAAAGGAAAAUAACAGUAUUAAUUUAGGAGAAAUUCACAUAAGGUAUUAUAUUUGCUGCUGGAUUCUGGAUGGGAAGAUGACGGGUAAAUUCUUGACAAAACAAUGCACAGUUUUCAAGUUUAUAAUAAAAACAAACAUCGAAAAACCUUCUAAAUUAAAGAGAGCUCGUUAACUUUCUUUUGAUGUCAAAAGACAUCCACAUGCUAAGAAGCUUUUAGCAGAAGUAUCUGAAGCACUUUCAGAUCAGAUGGCAUCAGAAGAAAUGUGUGAGAAGAAGUGGAAAGCAAGGAUAAUUCUGGAAUCAGCUAUGUCUGGUGCGCUAUAUAUAGGGUAUUACAUAUGCCUGCCCUGCAUAUAAAAUGAAAUAAAAUAAUGUCCUGUGCCUAAAUGUGGAGCCCUAGUUCUAAAGAUAUUACAGUUCAAAAAACAAUUUCCCAAGAAGUUUCAUGAGUCCCUACAUGUG